UAAUUGUUUGUGCCUGUGGUAGAUCUAUAUAGAUUAGUUUUUGUUUUGAUGUUUCAAAACUAGAAGGUGUGGCUCAAUUUGCAGGAAACAGUAUGGCGGUUCCUGUCGUUGAUUUCAAAGAUGUUUUAUCAUGUCUUGAUGUAAGUACCUGUCCUCAGGUACAAGAAAUACACUCGGCAUUCACUACUGUUGGAUUUGUAUUCAUAACUAAUCAUGGCAUAAGAAGACCUCUGGUUGAUGAGGCAUUUUCUGUUGCUAAGAAGUUCUUUGAGUUGCCACAUGAAUCAAAGAAGAAGUACUCACGAACAAACACUUCAGGAAACAAUGGCUACGUAGAGAUGGAGCAGGAAGAUACUGAUCCAACGAAACCAGGUGACUUAAAAGAAGCUUUUAAUAUUUGCUCACCAACUGAAUGUGUGUAUCCAGAUGAUGAAGUGUCUGAUUUUAAACCGGUAAUGACUGAAAUAUUAGGCACUAGUAGGACACUAGCACUGAAGAUACUAGAAGUGAUGGGUCAUGCUUUAAAGCUCCAGGAUCCACAAUUCUUCGUCAAAAAUCAUCAAAACCUAUCCAAUACUACAAUACCUAGUUACACGACGGCACGUGUUCUGUACUAUCCUCCUCUUCCUUCACCAGCUGCCGUUAAACCUGGCCAGUUGAGGUGCGGAGAGCACGUGGACUAUGGAUCAAUAACUUUACUCUUUCAGGACCCCAGCGGAGGACUCCAGGUGCUCCAUGAUACCUACAUUAUGAGUAUCAUUAAUAUUGACAGUGUUAGAUCUAGAAAUGACUUUAAGAGACCAGNCUUACUAAACACGGGAGACUUAAUGACUAAAUAUGAGAGACCAAAAGCUAAAAAAGGGAGAUUUCAGUGACCUAGACCAAAUAUGGGAGACCAAAAGUCUCCUAAACUCCCUCUAGAUCUAAC